AUGAUUGUAAAACUAGGCAAGAGUCUGUAUGGCUUGAGACAGGCAUCUAGGCAGUGGCAUGCAAUGCUGAAGAGGUUGACGAUUUCUCAGCAGACUUUCACGGAUGAGCUAGCAGCAGAAUGUGGAGUAGUGGGAGGUAAGAGCGUUCCGAUGUCUUCGGGGGUGAAGCUUUCUGAUUUUGAUGCGGAUGAGGUGGCGACAGACUUUCCGUUUCGUGAGCUGGUAGGAUCGUUGAUGUGGCUGGCGACUCAGACUAGGCCAGCCAUUGCGAAUGCAGUACGGGCAGUAGCUAGGUAUUGCGCAUCUCCGAAGCUGGUACACUGGAAUGCAGCGAUGGAUAUUUUGGGCUAUGCGAGGAGGACGAGUCACUUUGGUAUUUCGUUUCAGAGAGGUACGGUAGAGGGAUUCAGCUUGCAGGGAUACGCUGAUGCGGACUUUGCAAGCAAGGCAGCAGACCGUAGGUCGGUAUCAGGGGGGAUCGUGACGUGUGGAGGAGGCGCUGUGUCUUGGUUUUCCAUAACGCAAAAGUGCGUCACGCUUUCGACGACAGAAGCAGAGUACGUCGCGCUAGGUGACGUAGUGAAGGAGAUUUUGUUUUUGAGGCAGAUUUGGCGUUUCAUGUUGCCGCAGGUCGGCAUACCGUGCAUCCCCAUCUUCGAGGACAACCAGGGGGCGAUUCAACUAGCGCAGAACCCCAUCUCAAACUCGAACUCGAAGCACAUAGAUGUAAGGCACCAUUUUCUCAGGGAACUGGUAGAGAGGGAGGAAUUUUCGGUCAUGCACGUGCCGUCGCCAAACCAGCGUGCAGACUGUCUUACGAAGAGUUUGUCGAAGGAUGCUUUCGAGUCUCACCGUGAUUUUGUGAUGAAUUUGGCAUGA